GGCCCCCAGCAUCCUCACAGCUCCGCGGGCCCCGCGCGGCGGGCACUUCCGGCUGCGCUACGGCACGCGGAGAGGUGGCGACGGGCCGCCAGAAGGGACACGCCGCGCAGCAACGCGUUUUUUCCUCUUCGCGGUGAGCAUUCAGUAUGGCUUCUCCAACUCUGCUCAUGCGUGUGGUCGCCUCUGCGUAUUCUGUUGCAGAAAAAGCUGCAACAAUUGUUAGAAAAGUCAUGGCCGGAGGAGAUCUGGGGAUAGUGGAGAAGAGUGGAGCCAAUGACUUGCAGACCAAAGCUGACAGACUGGUGCAAAUGAGCAUUUGUGCUUCACUGGCACGAAAAUUUCCCAAAGCAACAAUCAUAGGAGAAGAAGAACUACCUUCUGAAGAAGUAAAUGAGGAAUUAAUUGAAGAUGGCUACUGUGAAGAAAUACUAAAGAAAACUUGUCCUGCUCAGUACACGGGAAUUAAAGAGGAAGAGCUUGUAAUAUGGGUUGAUCCUUUGGAUGGAACCAAAGAGUACACUGAAGGUCUCCUUGACCAUGUCACAGUUCUCAUUGGAAUUGCUUAUGGAGGCAAAGCAAUAGCAGGAGUUAUUAACCAGCCAUAUUACAACUAUGAGUCAGGAGCUGAUGCAGUACUGGGCAGGACGAUUUGGGGAGUCCUGGGAAUAGGUGCCUUUGGAUUUCAGCUGACAGAAGCACCAGCUGGGAAACACAUUGUUGUUACCACGCGUUCACAUGGCAGUACCCUGGUAAAUGACUGCAUCAGUGCUUUGAACCCUGACAGCAUCAUCAGAGUUGGAGGAGCAGGAAACAAGAUCAUUCAACUUAUAGAAGGCAAAGCAUCUGCUUAUGUAUUUGCCAGUCCUGGAUGCAAGAAGUGGGAUACCUGUGCACCUGAAGCUAUUUUACAUGCGGUGGGAGGCAAGAUAACUGAUAUCCAUGGAAACUCCUUUCAGUAUAACAAAGAAGUAAAACACAUGAAUUCAGCUGGGGUCCUUGCCACUUUGAGAAAUUAUGACUAUUACGCCAGUCGUAUUCCUAACACAGUUAAACAAUCUCUUGUGCCUUAAAGCAGUAAAGUGUCUUCACUUGGCCUGGAAAGUUGAGAAGGUGAGAUUGUAGAAAAAUUAAACAAAGAAGAUAACUGAGCUUGAAAUUGUUUUAUGGAAUCUGGAUCUAAUUCUUACAUUAAGCUGUUCAAUAAUUUCAAAAUUACCUGCAGACUGUCUACUGUUGGAUCAGAUUGUUUUGCUAUGUUUAGCAGAUAAUAUAGUAAUUACAUUUCUUCAAUAUUUGUUUUCCACGUUCUUUGGAAAUAGAGUAUUCAUUCCAUGUGAUAUGACUGUGGUUAAUGUUCUGCUAAUCAUAACAAUAUAAUCCAAAAGUCAUCUUACUAUUUAGGGCACAAAUUCAUUUUAACUUAUCUACCAAACUUCGUUCAAUGUUUUUUCUUGUAUGUACUCAACAAGAUUUUGUUGUGUUGAAUACAAAUGGAGUAGGAGCUUGAAUGGAUGGAUGGUCACGUUUACAAUAAAAGUGGAUGGUUUUGAUUCUUAGAA